ACGCACGGCCGGGGGGAAAUAUAAACAGCGGCGGCCGAGCUUGGAUGCUGCCCCUGCAGAGGCUCCGCUCGGCUGGCAGUGGAAGAUGGCAGAGCCUGAAGGCACUGUGAUAAACACUGAGGUGAAACAGAAAGACCCCAGUGAAGCCCUGGUCAUUGCAGUGACCACCAGAGCCAUCUUCAGCUUGGAGGAGGAGCACAAGCUCUACCUGGAGAAGGGCAAGGAGGAGUACACAAGGCAUCAGGAGGCCAACCAGGACAAGCCCUUGCCACCAGGCACAGCCUUUGCCUUCAUCCAGGCAGCACAGUAUGUGAACAAGAAGAUCCUGGAGAGCAACCCAGCAGAGAAGGAGCUGUUUGACAUCCUGGUGCUCUCCAACAACAGCCCCGCCAGCGGGGUGCGCAUCAUCAACAGCGCCAAGCACUACGGCCUGGAGAUCUCCAAGUUCUGCUUUGUCAGUGACGAGGACUCCACGCAGUACCUGAAGUCCCACGGGGUCAAGCUCUUCCUCUCGGCUGACAGGACAGAUGUCUGCAAUGCCCUCCAGAGAGGGGUGUCAGCAGCACUGGUGUUCCAGCAGGAGGUGCAGGCCCCCAGCACCCCGCUGCGUGUGGUGUUUGACGGGGAUGCUGUGCUCUUCUCCGGCGAGACCGACCGGGUCUUCCGGGAGCAGGGGCUGGAGGGGGCUCUGCGCUACGAGCGGGCGAUGGAGGCUGUGCCCAUGGGAGAGGGUCCCCUGAAGGCCUUUGCCAUGCACCUUGGGAAGAUGUGCAAGAAGUUCAGCCAGGAGACCUGCCCCAUCCGCACCUACCUGGUGACCGCCCGCAGCGGCCGGGACAUGGGCACCAGAGCCAUCAAGACCCUGCGGGCGUGGGGCCUGGCCAUUGAUGAGGCUUUCUUCAUGGAUGGGGCUCCCAAGGGUCCCAUACUCUCCCAGAUCCAGCCCCACAUCUUCUUUGAUGAUGGGCUUCAUAACAUCCAGGGGGCUCAAGAUGUGGGUGUACCUGCUGCCUGGGUCCCCUCCCGCUGAGGGGCUUUCGGCCAGCAGUCUUCCCUAGCAGCAGCAGAGGGGACUCAGCAAGUGAAGGUAAAACCUCCUGGUGGAGAGGGAAGGACUUCCUGACCUGCAGCAAGCAGACCUCAGUGAAGAGGGGCAAGAGCUUUGCACAAGAGCAUGGACUACCAGGCAAAACCUGAUGCUCAUUCCUGCUUCUGACAGGAGGUCCUUCAGGUCUGAGGGCAAAGCCCAAAGGUGCAACUGCUUGAGGAUGGAAGGACAGCUUUGCUGUGACACCUACCUGCCCCCCAGGACCUGGGAACUUUGCUUUUCUGCAUAGAAAUAAACCAAGCUAUUGCCCCACACCUGAGCUAAAGGAAGCAUGAAAGCAAGCACCCAAAAUGCUGCCUUUAGCUGUGCUCAGACACUCUCUUAAGUGUUAUUCCCAGGACCUCUGCCCAAAGGAAGCCCUCAAGACCCUGCCUGACCAGCCACACUUCUCUUGGUUUCCUAAGGAGGCUGAGGUGUUAGCAAGUCCUUCAGGCAGCCCCAGCCAAACUCAGGAGAGGGAGAGAGACUUCAAAGCUGCAAAGGACCUACAAACCCUUUAGAAAUGAGUGACCAUGCUGAAGAGAGCAAGACCAAGCUCUUCCUCCUUAGAGAAGAGAUUAUAGCACAAGCCACCAUUCCUUAGGCAUGCAGGCUGCUCACAGAGCACCCUUUGGAGACCCAGAGCUGUAGGGCCCCCAGCUCCUGGAGCUACAGAGAUGGGCCAGUGAGAAGGCUGCAAGGCAGCUCUCAGAUCCAUCCA